UCAUUAUUAAAGAAGCUCCUGCAAAGGUCCCUAUCAAUGGCGUGGUAUUGCUCCGGCUCCACGAAUAGCGAGCUCAUCGCGAAUCUGUUUAAGACGGGUCUGAUAAAAAAUGAAAGAGUGAAGAAUGCCAUGCUAGGCGUGAGUAGUAGCUCCUAUCCCUGGACUUCACACUGUCAAAACACUGCGGCCAGUGCUUACCCCUGCUUGACACAAUCGCCGGACCCCAAACGGAGGGAAAGGUUGACCCCCUUCUCCCCCGCCCCAUUCUUCCACGCCUAGCCACAUGUCUGCCUCCUAAAGGGCACUGGACGACCUGACAACAUUCCUGCUUUCUGGGUGAAAUGGCGUUUCUAACCAAAGUGCAAGGUUGAUCGCGCCCAUUAUGCGCCCUCAAGGCCAUACUCCGAUUCACCGCAGCCCAUCGGGCAUGGAGCUACCAUAUCUGCUCCCCACAUGCAUGGACAUGCCUGUGAAUACCUCAUCGACUAUCUGAAGCCAGGCUCGCGUGUGCUAGACAUCGGAUCUGGCUCGGGUUACCUCACCCACGUGCUUGCAAACCUCGUCGUGAGUCCUUCGUCCACGAGCGAAGCCGAUGGCCAGGUUAUAGGUGUAGACCACAUUCCGGAGUUGGUGGAGCUGGCACAGACAAACAUGCGCAAAUCAAAAGAGGGGAGUAGCUUUCUUGACUCUGGAAGGGUGAAAUUCAUUACCGCCGAUGGUCGCCUGGGCUGGAAAGAAGGUGCACCGUACGACGCCAUCCAUGUUGGCGCGGCCGCGCAUCACCUUCACCCCGUACUCAUCGAGCAGCUCCGCGCACCAGGGCGAAUGUUCAUACCCGUCGAUGCGGAGGAUGAUGAGGCUAGCUUUGGGCUGGGGGGAGGACAGUAUAUCUGGGUAGUUGAAAAAAGAGAGGAUGGUUCAGUCCGCAAAGAAAAGGUGUUCCAGGUUAGCUACGUUCCCCUAACCGACCGCCCGGGAAGAUGAGCAAGGAUGGAACGAACGAAGAGAAGAGCACAAGGCCAAUCCGUAUCGAAACGAAAUCAAUUAGGUCCAGUCUACUCGAAUGUGAGACAUCAGAAUGUUUAUGAAUACGCUUCUUGAGUCACAGUAUUGCCUUGUAUUAGAAAACCAGGGCAUGGCUAUGGCACAA